AGCAUAAGUCAUAGACGGGCUUAUUAUCAGCAACAUCCAACCCCAUAUUACGUUGCUCUUUUCCUUAGCUGUAACCGAUCUUGUCAUCUACAACGUCUGUGCUUUAUCAGAUCUUAAUAACUUCUUCAGCUAUGUUUAAUAUAUAUGGUAAUGUCCAGUUUGUACCUGGAAAGUAUGACGCUUGGCAAAAUGCCUACGACAAGCUCGCCACGUACGUCGCCGACGCGGAGAGGAACUCGACCUUGACAUAUUACUUUGGCGUCCCCGUCGAGUUUGAAGGAAACCAUUCUGCAACGCCCCACAUGCUUGCAUUUGAGGUUUACAAUACCCGCGAGGAUUUAUACGAUACACAUCUCAAAUCCCCAGCCAUGGGGGAAUUCCUCGUCACCGUGCCUGAUUCCAUGUCCACCGGCCUGGACCUCACGCAUUACACAGAGACGUCAGGUUUCCUAGAUAAGUCGACGAAUUGCCGUGAAUGCAAAAUUAUCUACGACACGCAGAUCGUGUGCAACAGCGCUCAGGACCGCGACACCAUUUUGGCAAAGCUAGCCGCGGUGGCGAAACAUGCAGAAGAGAAAGAGGAGGAUACGUACACAUUUUUAGUGCAGAAGAGUUUGGAUAAUGAGACGCACGUGAGGAUUUUUGAGAGGUACGCGAGCUGGGCGGCUAUGGAGUCGCAUCAGAAGUCGUCGGUGUUGGUUAAUUUUUGGUUGGGCUCGAAGGGGGAGAUUAAAAGUAUGGAAGGCAGGCCAUAUGUGCCGAAUAACAAGGGGUGGCUGCACCAUAGGGUUUAGAGGUUGAUAUGGUAUGUAGAUUCUGAAACGGCAAGCACGUACGCUGUUCAGACUUUGUUUGUUCACCAGAUCAUGUUGUAGUGUGACCUUAUGAGCCCACAAUAUUAAAAAUUACCUGCA